AUGCCAGCUGAACGUAAGAAGCUAUCUGCUAUGGAGGAGAGAGAUUCUGUUAAAGAUUGUAGUGAGAAAAGGGCAACAAGCAGCAGAGAGAGAGUCAAAGAUGAAAAGUCAAGCAGCAAAAGGGAGCAAUCAAAGGCCACUGAGGAGAAGAAAAGGAAACCUGAUGAUGAGCGACGCAAGAAAGAGGAUAAGGAUGUUAGAAAGAAAGAGGAUGCUGUAGCAAAAACUGAGGAAGAAGAAAACAAAGUGCAAGAUGAACAGAGGAAGAAAGCUGAUGAUCAAGAAGAUGCUGCAAACCAAUUAAAAGAGAAGGAAGAAGCACAUCAGCUGCACCAGGAAGCCUGGGAGCGACAUCUGGCCAGGAAAGAACUGCGCAGCAAGAACCAAAAUGCUCCUGAACACCGACCUGAAGAGCAUUUCUUUAGCAAACUGGACUCCAGCCUCAAGAAAAAUACUGCCUUUGUGAAGAAGCUUAAAACCAUUACUGAGCAACAAAGAGAUUCUUUAUCUCAUGAUUUCAAUGGCCUUAACUUGAGCAAAUACAUCGCAGAAGCUGCCGCUUCCAUAGUUGAAGCAAAACUUAAAAUUUCUGAUGUCAACUGUGCAGUCCAUCUGUGUUCACUGUUUCACCAGCGGUAUGCAGAUUUUGCUCAGUCUCUCCUUCAGGUAUGGAAGAAGCAUUUUGAGGCUCGGAAAGAGGAUAAAACACCCAAUAUAACCAAACUUAGAACAGAUUUGCGUUUCAUUGCCGAGUUAACUAUUAUUGGGAUCUUCACUGACAAGGAAGGGCUCUCUUUAAUUUAUGAGCAGCUGAAGAAUAUCAUUAAUGCAGAUCGAGAGUCUCAUACUCAUGUGUCUGUAGUUAUAAGUUUCUGCCGUCACUGUGGUGAUGAUAUCGCAGGUUUAGUUCCCAGAAAAGUUAAGCAUGCGUCUGAGAAAUUUGGUCUCAACUUUCCCCCAAGUGAGAUCAUAAGCCCAGAGAAACAACAACCUUUCCAGAAUUUGCUGAAGGAAUACUUCACUUCCCUUACAAAGCACCUAAAAAGGGACCAUCGAGAGCUACAAAACAUAGAACGCCAGAACAGACGCAUCCUUCACACCAAGGGGGAGCUGAGUGAAGACCGACACAAACAAUAUGAGGAAUUUGCAACAUCUUAUCAGAAAUUAUUGGCAAAUUCUCAGUCUCUUGCUGAUCUUCUGGAUGAAAAUAUGCCUGACCUCCCUCAGGACAAGCCUGUAGCAGAAGAACAUGGACCUGGCAUUGAUAUUUUCACACCUGGAAAACCUGGGGAUUAUGACUUGGAAGGAGGCAUAUGGGAAGAUGAAGAUGCUCGCAACUUCUAUGAAAACUUGAUUGACCUUAAAGCAUUUGUCCCUGCAAUUCUGUUCAAGGAUAAUGAAAAAAGCACGCAAGGCAAGGAUUCUGGAAAGGAUGACUUAAAAGAUUCCAAAGACUGUAAAGAGAGAGAUGUGUCUACAACAGAAGAACUUGAACUGGAAUUGGAGACUUUGGAUAUAAAUGAUGACCCAAUGGAGCUAGAGGGCAUAGAGGAAGCUGAAGACUUAACUAAAAAGCUCCUUGAUGAACAAGAGCAAGAAGAUGAAGAAGCAAGCACUGGUUCUCAUUUAAAGCUCAUAGUGGAUGCGUUUAUACAGCAGUUGCCUAAUUGUGUCAAUCGGGAUCUAAUAGAUAAGGCUGCAAUGGAUUUCUGCAUGAAUAUGAACACCAAAGCAAAUCGAAGGAAACUGGUUCGAGCACUUUUUAUUGUUCCUAGACAAAGAUUGGAUCUGUUGCCAUUUUAUGCACGAUUGGUUGCUACAUUGCACCCAUGCAUGUCUGAUGUGGCAGAAGACCUGUGUUCUAUGUUAAAAGGGGACUUCAGAUUUCAUGUAAGGAAAAAGGAUCAGAUAAAUAUUGAAACAAAGAACAAAACCGUGAGAUUCAUUGGAGAGCUUGCCAAGUUUAAAAUGUUCAGUAAAACAGACACUCUGCAUUGUUUAAAGAUGCUGUUGUCAGACUUUUCACAUCACCAUAUUGAGAUGGCCUGCACCCUGCUUGAAACCUGUGGACGAUUCCUUUUCAGGUCUCCAGACUCACACUUGCGCACCAGUGUUCUGUUGGAACAGAUGAUGCGCAAGAAACAAGCCAUGCACUUGGAUGCAAGAUAUGUAACAAUGGUAGAAAAUGCCUACUAUUAUUGCAACCCACCCCCCGCUGAAAAGACUGUGAGAAAGAAACGUCCACCACUGCAAGAAUACAUUAGAAAAUUACUUUAUAAGGACCUUUCAAAGGUCACAACUGAGAAGGUUUUGCGGCAGAUGAGGAAGUUGUCUUGGCAUGAUCCUGAGGUGAAAGAAUAUGUCAUCUGCUGCAUGAUCAACAUUUGGAACGUAAAAUACAACAGCAUCCAUUGUGUGGCUAACCUCUUGGCAGGCUUGGUGCUUUAUCAGGAGGAUGUUGGCAUUCAUGUGGUAGACGGUGUGCUAGAAGAUAUACGUCUGGGGAUGGAGGUGAAUCAGCCAAAGUUUAACCAGCGCCGGAUAAGCAGUGCAAAAUUUCUUGGAGAACUUUAUAACUACAGAAUGGUUGAAUCUGCAGUUAUAUUCCGCACACUUUAUUCCUUCAUAUCCUUUGGUGUGAACUCCGAUGGUACUGCCAGUCCUUUAGAUCCUCCUGAGCACUUAUUUCGCAUUAGAUUAGUCUGCACUAUUCUUGAUACCUGCGGUCAGUACUUUGACCGAGGCUCUAGCAAGCGCAAACUCGACUGCUUCCUCGUUUAUUUUCAGCGUUAUGUCUGGUGGAAAAAAAGUCUGGAUGUGUGGACAAAAGAUUACCCAUUCCCCAUAGACAUUGAUUAUAUGAUUAGCGACACACUGGAGCUGCUGAGACCAAAGAUGAAGUUGUGUAACUCGCUGAGUGAAGCAAUGCGACAAGUGCAAGAUUUGGAACGAGAGUUUCUGGUAAAACUAGGCCUUGUGAAUGACAAGGAUUCAAAACAUUCCUUGACUGAGGGUGAGGCACUGGAGGAUGAUGAUGAUGAAGAAGAGGAAGAAGCUGGGGCAGAAAACAGAGGAGCAGUCUGGGAAUGAAAGUGAAAUGAAUGAUCACGAAGAAGAUGAUGCUUCUGAAAAUGAAGAGGACGAAAGAGAGGAAGAAGAGGAGGAAAACACAGAUUACAUGACUGACUCAAACAAGGAGAAUGAAACUGAUGAAGAAAACACAGAGGUGAUGAUUAAGGGAGGUGGGAUAAAGCAUGUACCCUGUGCAGAAGAUGAAGACUUCAUUCAGGCUCUAGACAAGAUGAUGCUGGAAAACCUUCAACAACGCAGCGGAGAGUCUGUGAAAGUACACCAGCUAGAUGUUGCCAUACCCUUGCAUCUGAAGACCCAACUGAAGAAAGGACCAACCUUAACCAGUGUGGAGGGAGAUACAGACUGUGGAGACACUAUGCCAUUUGUAAUGCUAACCAGAAGAGGCAACAAACAGCAGUUUAAAAUUCUGAAUGUACCAAUGUCCUCCCAACUGGCUGCAAACCAUUGGAACCAACAGCAAGCAGAGCAAGAGGAAAGGAUGCGGAUGAAAAAGCUCACACUGGACAUUAAUGAACGUCAAGAACAGGAGGAUUAUCAGGAAAUGUUGCAGUCUCUGGCUCAGCGUCCAGCUCCAGCUAAUACUAACAGGGAGCGUCGGCCCCGGUACCAGCAUCCAAAAGGGGCACCAAAUGCAGAUCUCAUCUUCAAGACUGGCGGCAGGUGAGUGGA